UGAACAUAGAUCGUCUUACGGCCGAGUGAUCUCUGUGUUAUAAACGCCGAGUUCGAUGCCGGCUUUCACUGGGUGCUGAGGCUGGCUAUACGAGGCGGGAUUCAGUACACUGGGGGAACUCACACCACAGACACAAGUGGAUAUUAUUUUCACGAUCGAUUUGGGAAAGUUGAUGGUAGUUACAGCGAAUAUUUCGUUAAAAUUGUUUCUGUUUAAAAUAUAACAUUUAUUUCUUCAACAAACUGGUUUUAUUGGACACUGCUUUGUGGAAAUUGUAUCUCUAUGACGACAUAACAGGCUCAGAUCUCUAGCACUUUCCGUCCCACAAGAUGUCAGACACCCCAAACGUCCCCACGGAUAAAGACGCCGACACGAAGACGCCGAUGAUGCCCGAGAAACCCUCGUCUCCUAAGUUGCCGAACGAAGAGAAGAAAAGCCUGUACCGAAAACAAGAUGGAACUGGCUCGAUGUCGUCGAAAUUGUCUCGGCAAGCUUCGACUGAUUCCGCCACUCAUCUGGCCAAUCGCAGAGCAUCUUAUAGACGUCGGUCUAGUUUUGACUUAAUGCACACGGACUCGCUACCGUCACUACCGUCAUUGCAGGAUACGGUGAAACUUCAAGAAAUAGAUUUGAAAAGUGUGCCUUGGUGGACGUCGUACCGCUUCCGGUACGCCAUCAUCUGGUUCCUGGGCUUCGUGUGCCUGUACGCUCAGCGCGUUAAUCUGAGCAUCGCCAUCGUGACCAUGGUCGACCACAAGUACUUCGAAGAGCUGCUCGCCAACUCGACAGCAAGUGAUAACCCGACGACGGACUACUCCGAGAAAGACGGCCAUAACCUGACGUCACUCAACGUGUCGGCUGUUGCUGACGAGGACACCUGCCCCGUGAAUCUGGGAGAAAAACUGAAAGGCGAGUUCCGAUGGGACAAACCCCUGCAGGGUCUAUUGCUGGGCGCCUUUUUCUGGGGUUACAUGGUCUUACAGGUCCCAGGAGGCCGACUGGCUGAACGGUUUGGUGCCAAGAAGGUGAUAGCGAUUAGCAUGUUCCCCGUCUCUCUGAUCAACAUACUGAGUCCGGUUCUUGCCAGGUGGAAUCCGUAUGCCUUCCUCGUUGGUCGAGUCAUCAUUGGAAUGGGUGAGGGAGUCAUGUAUCCGGCAAGAAGCGUUUUCUUAUAUAUAGACAGAUCGUUCUGUUUUCAGGGAGUCAUGUAUCCGGCUGCACAGGCCUUUUGGUCAAAGUGGUCACCGCCCAAUGAGCGCAGUCGACUUAUCGGACUCUCAUAUGCAGGUGGUCAGUUUGGAAACGCUAUCAUAUUUCCUAUCGGCGGGUUCCUUUGUGCCUAUGGCUUUGAUAAUGGAUGGGGAUCCGUAUUCUACGUCAUAGGAGUCGCUGGCUUCAUUUGGUGUGUGGCGUGGUGCAUCUUUAUACAUGACUCGCCCGCGGAGUGCCCGAAGAUCUCCGACAUAGAGCGGAAGUACAUCGAGUCGUCUAUAGGAACUAAAGCCCACAGGAGCAAGGGCCAGGCGACGCCGUGGAAGGCAAUCUUCAGUUCCCGUGCGGUCUGGGCCAUCAUCAUCGCUCACAUGUGCGGCAACUACGGCGCCUACAUGCUGCUCACCCAGAUCCCCACCUACAUGAAGGAAGUGCUCAAGUUCGACAUCAAAGCUAAUGGUGUCUUCUCCAUGCUGCCCUACCUCUGUUUCUGGUUCUUCAUCGUUGUCUCCGGCACAUGCGCUGAUCUCCUCAUAUCGAGAAACAUCCUCUCUGUCGCGUGGACAAGAAAACUUAUGUCUGCCAUUGGAACUAUUGGACCAGGGUCCUUCCUUAUAGGCACCGGCUUUAUGAACUGUCACCAACAAAUACCGGCUGUGGUGAUGCUGACAGCAGCAGUUGGGCUCUGUGGCUUUCACUUCAGUGGUUACUUCAUCAACCACGGGGACGUAGCCCCGGCCUAUGCGGGAACGUUGUUUGGGAUAACAAACGCAGCCGCAACUAUACCUGGUGUUAUAGCGCCUUACAUUGUGGGCGCACUUACUCCAAAUGGUAGUCAGAAGGAAUGGCAGUUGGUAUUUUAUAUCGCGGUUGGUGUCUACUUCUUCGGUGCCGUCUACUACGCCAUAAUGGGCGUGGGGGAGGUGCAGGAGUGGUCGAUGGCGACCGAGGACCAGGAGGAGAAGGAGGAGGGGGAGAUACAGUUUGGUCUGCACAACAUCGAUGAAGAAUUGAAGGAAGAGAAUGAGAGUGACCUUGAUGAAGCGGACGUGAAACUGGUGAACAAUGGGCGUAACGAGGCAGAACAAAAAGUUUGAGAUCUCACUGGUUUGUCUGUAGGAUUAAAUAGCCACAUGAUUACGCCUCUUUGGCACGCUUACGUCAUUCUAGAGUUGUAUGACGUUGAAAUAGUACCAACAACUGUGUUACAUUGCGCUAUUUUAGGUGACCAAAUAUUGUGUAACACUUGAUGAUGUCAUUAAAAUGUAUAACAUUGGUGUGACAAGGUCACCUAGAAAUGUAUUACAUCCAUUAUGGUGAUGUCACAAGUCCUGUUACCUUAGUAUGAUUACAUAAUAUAGGCCUACAUUAGUGCAGCUGGGUAUAAGGUCAAAUCGGUUUAAAGACAUUGGCAUAACCAGGAUUUCAUCAGGGGGGGGGAGGGGCAACCACAUUGGGGAUGGCACUCACACAGUCUUUGACAUUAUGGCACGACAUGCAAAUAUACAAGAUGGAAGUAAAAAACAAGAUGUCAUUGGGGGACAUAAUAUCAUGCCACUCCCCCAUCCGGGUACGGCAGUGUUAAGAGAAUUUAAAGUUAAAGUUUGUUGUUGUUUAAUAACACUACUAGAGUACAUUGAUUUGUUUAAUCAUCGGCUAUUGGAUAUCAAACAUUUGGAAAUUCUGACAUACAGAGGAAAUCCACUACAUGU